AUGGCGCGCGCGGUCGCCCGCGCCCCCGUCGCGGUGGCGCGCCGCGCGUCGUCCGCGCGUCGAUCGGGCGCAACGUCGCGACGGGUGCCUCGAUGCGCCGCCGCGACGGACGCGCUCGGGUCGGGGAUCACGCGUCGGGUCGCGCUCGUCGCGCCUGUGCUCCUGCGUCUGGUCGCCGACGCGGCGGACGCGCGCGCGGGCACGGCGCCGCGCGUGCUCGUCGUCGGUUCGACCGGGGCGACUGGGAAGCUCGUGGUGGAAGAAUUGGCGAAGAGCGGCAAGGCGAGCGCGGUCGUCGCGGGCGUGCGAAGCGCUGAAAAGGCGAAAAAGCUUGGGUUGGACGCCGUCGCGGACGUCGCCUCCGGCGUCGACGUCACGCGUGACGUCGGCGAGCUCACGCGCCAGUUCGAGGGAUUCGAUGUCGUCGUCGUGUGCACUGGUUUCGUCCCCGGGAACCCUUUGAAGAUGAACGCGGCGGCGCACGAAGUGGAUAAUCUGGGCGUUCGGCACGUCGCCGACGCGGCGAGAGACGCGGGCGUAAAAAAAGUGGUCCUCAUCUCAUCCAUCCUGACGAACGGACCCGCGAUGGGAGCGGCCGAUACCGCGGGCUAUCGCAUUACGAACGCAUUCGGUCGCGUGCUCGAGGAAAAGCUCGAGGGUGAGAAUUAUCUCCGCGCGAGCGGCGUCCCGUGGGUCAUCAUUCGUCCCGCCGGACUGAAGAACGAUGAACCAAAACAGCCCCUAGUUCUCACAGGUGAAGACGUGAUGACGAGCGGAGAGAUCUCUCGCGCGCUUGUCGCGAAAGUCAUGUCGGCCGCCGCUUUCGACGAUCGCACGAAUGGCAAGGUGUACGAGAUCGCCGAGAGCGGAAGUUUCGUCGGCGGCGACCCCGCGGGCGGCGCCAAGUUCGCCCUCGACACCGAUCCCGCGUCCUGGUUCGCCUGA